CAAGUGCUGCACCACUAUCUGGAUUUAUUUCACUACAGGGACAAGAAGAAGACAUUGUGUCUGAGGAAACUUUAGACCUCAAAGGAUCCGUUUUCAAUUUCAAGACCAACGUUGGCCUAUGAGGACCUUUGGCCCAGAAGUCAUGAAGUCCCGCAGAUCGAGCUGUGCAGAUUCAGGGUCGGAGUCUGACUCCAGGGACCCAGAGAAGUUCGAGAGUGCCAUUCGGCGAAGGAUGGCAGCCAAUGCUCGAGAGAGAAAGAGGAUGGAGGGCUUGAACACGGCAUUCGACCGCCUCCGCAAAGUUGUUCCUCAGUGGGGUCAGGACAAGAAACUCUCUAAAUAUGAAACACUGCAGAUGGCCCUGAGCUACAUUAUGGCCCUCAAUCGAAUCCUGACUGACGCCAGCAAACACACAGCUCCGGAGAAAGACUGGCUGAACCUACAGUUUGACGGCCUACAGCCAGAGACCUAUUCUUGGUUUAUGAGCUAUAACUCCCCUGUGGAAAAUAACUGUAUGCAUCCCUCCUUCUCCUACCACUACGAAAGCCUCUAAGCUCUCAGGGACUGAUACGCAAUGGCGCAUUCACUUGUAUCUUUCUUUGCGCAGAUACAGGAGUCAGUAUGUAUUACUAUGUAAUAUUUUAUGUUUAUGGUUCUGGAAAUCAAGUGUUUGAUUAGCUUUAAUAGAGUCUAAAGCAUUCUAGGAGUAGAGUUGCUUAAAUUGUUGCAAAAAAAGUUAAGUUUUUCUGUACAAUUUUAGAAAAUCUUCCAUCAUGCAUGUUGAAAAGGAUGACUAAAUGAUGAUAUUUUUCAUUGCUUUGUAUCAAAUCUUUGUGUUUAGUGUGUCCUCAGCUAAGUCAAAGCUGAAAUACACUGUCAUUUUAUUUUGCCAAAAUGGCAUCCUAAAAUGCUGUUCCAAUUUCUUAUUGAUUUUUUAGUAUUAAACUCAAUAAGGGAAAAACGAAUUUGGAUGGAUUUAAAAUUGAAUCUUGUAACAGUGUCCAUAUGUAGAUGUAUUUUGAGCUGUAGUCAGGAUUUAAAAUGUUUUGUUUAUAAUGUAGUUACCAAAUAAACACUGAAAUAAAAGACUUUGUGUACAGUACAUUAAUGUAGGAAUAACAUUUUAUCCACUAUAUAUACUAUACCCUAAUCUGUUUAAAAAAAAAACUACAGAUAUAUAUCUGUAGACAAGAUGAGAAUUUUUAUGUUAAAUUCUGUACACUUUUAAUGACAUGCACACUGAAAUGAGA